AACUACUUGAAAAGUGAAAGAACUCGCAAAAUGCAAACCAGCGCUAUUACAAUUAUUUCUUUGGCUCUCAUCGGUGCCACAGUGGCUAUACCAGUCGCCUCCAUUGCCAAGGCUCGUGCUGACAAUGGUAUACUCAACUUAUUGGCACAAUCCAAUUUGUUGGGUUCUUCCGCUGAUCCUGACAUCACAACCGAGUGCUUCAACCAUUUCAUGCCGAUCUUAAAUGAAAUUUCUACCAACUUCUCCGUGGAGUAUGAGCAAUGUGUCACAGUGGCCUCACAAGCAGCGGCCAAUCUCUCCGCUAAGGCAGCUCAGAAUCGUGCAGAUUUCGUUAAGGAAACCUCUGCGAUUUGCAGUGCUUUCAGUUCUUGCCACAGUGACACCGAUAACUUGGACUUCUUUAACUGUUAUGCUACAGCCGCCUCAACUGAUAUCAAUGAAAUUUACAAUUUAUCGGACAACGCUUCGAAUGCUGCUAUUUCGCUUAAAGGAGGAUUGCAACAAAUCAAGGACACCGAAGAUAUCUGCACCAACACUGCCCAAUGCACCUACACUGAGAAGACCUCUGAGACCUUCAGACAACUGUACGCAUGCUUCGGUAAUGGUUUGCCAGCCGAUACAACUGUCUCUGCUUCUUAAGGCUAAGAAGUCUUCAAAAAUACUAUUUGGAACCCAACAUUUUCAUUUAAUGUUUAAUAUCGAUACAGAAAACUAUUCAAAAAUAUAAUGUUUCCUUAUAAAAGCAAGACAA